AUGUCUGAUUUUGACAAAGCGAAGAAGCUAUUGAUCGGGGCCGUAGAUGCCGUUUUAUCGCUUGCCGAUCAAGCGAAACAAGAAUCUUUGCGAGAGCCGUGCAGCUCCUCAGCGAUCAGACGUCCAAACUUUGCUACCUUCGAAUCGGGAAGAAGCGCUGAAACACCUACACGUGAAGAAGCAAUUAGUCAAGGUGCAAGCGCUAGCAUGGAAGAGCACCGACGUCUUUUUGGCUACCGUCCGGCAAAGGGUAAAGGCAAGAGGAGCAAGAACGUUCGUGGUGCCCGACGUAGGUGCAGCAUCAGCACGUGGAAGAAGGAUUGCAUUUGCCUUUGCGAUAAAGAACAGUCGCUGAAACCUUCAUCCGAAGAGAAGAUUGAGCUAGCAAAGAUGGGAUUGGGUUUGGGAGAAGCGCUAUUCGAUGGAGAUGGCGAUGCGGAGCACAUUCACCGUGUCUUACUGGAAAAGUUCCCAGUGCUUGAAGCUUGUGGAGGGUAUACGCUUUUGCGUCUUGCUGAAAACUCCCACCAUAUGGUUGAAAUAGAAGAGCCUGAUAGUGGGAUGACGGUGCCUUUUCUUAAGGACGUUGUGAACCAAGCAAAGUUGUAUAUACGGCCACUGCAAAGGGAAAUUACAAAGGAGGACAUGAAAAAGUACUCUAUACGGACAAGUGUCAGUGAGCCGUCUGAAGUUUGCCAAAACUGCAAGUCACUCCUUCCCCUUUCUCAAUUGAGAAAACACAUACCAACUUGUAAGAGAAAAGGAAAACGCAGACGAUCAGAGAAAAGCACCAGUACUUUGGAUCAAGACACUCAAAGUCCUAAUGCCUCAUCUCCUUGUGAUUUUGUAACAACCGAGUGGCAAUAUACAACUGAAACAUCUAGAUCCCCUGAGAUUAUACCCACUCAGACUUUGGCAAAGUGUGCUCGUUUGGACCAAACUGACUCAGAAGAAGAGUUACCUGCUGUUGCAGGAUUUACGGGCUGCAAGGCUAGGGAUCGGAUUGAGUCAAUUGACCUCACAACUGAUCUUGACAGUGGCAGCAAAGAAGAGGAGUCGCAGAAGUCUGAUAUGCAAAUUACGUCAGACAUUGGGUAUGCGGAGGAGUCAGAUAAAGAAGAUUUUUAUAGGAUGGAGGCUGAGAAGGAAGCUGACCUGGAAGAGGUACGUAAAUCAGCAAACACUAGUUGUCAUUUGUUACUUCAAUUCUGA